GGAAUUUUUUCAGUAAUACAGCCUGUUUGUUGAUAACCUCAAAGCAUAUAACCUGUGCCGCGCACCAUUUUCACGCGGACAAGCUGACGGAUUGGCAUGGUGGGAAAGCCUCGCCACAGUCAGUGCCGACAGACAUCCUCUGAAGGCACUAGCAAUCACCCUCUUAUAUAUUGUUCCCCAUGCUGCCGACGUCGAAUGCCUCUUCUCGGAUCACUGGCAAAGAUUCAAGCAAAUCUUCGUUACCAAAGGCCGUGGCUAAUGGCAGGCCGAUUCGUCGACGUCAUGCGCACAUGCACACCAGCGCCCAGCUAGGAAUCAACAUCGAUGUAGCUGCCGAUCUAGAAGCCAAUUUUGCGUGGGCACCACCACUUGCGCCUCUGACUCAGAACAUCGAUGACGAUCUUGCAGGUUCUGAAUCCAUAUCACUUGACGAGAUCGAUGCAGCAUUUGCACUAUUGGAACAUGAGAAAGAAGCCAUGGAACGAGCACUGGAUGAUGGAAACGAAGUGUUGGAAGGCCAAGUUUAUGGUUUUGCAGAAUUAAAGCAUGUUGACCGAGGUCUUCUACCGAAAUCUGUUGACGAUGAGAUCAUGGUAGUUGAUCACACCUCACACGACGAUGGACAGUGGGAUGUGGACAUGCUGAUGUCUUCUAAUUAUGUUUCCUAGUGGUACACACAGCCCUGUAGCGCCUUGAUAAUUUUGCCAAGUGGCAGAAGUGGCGGUUCUGCCACUUCUGCCAAUUGUGCUGGCACAAUUGCUCGCAAAUGAUUAUGCCCCCAGCACUAGUCCUGGGACCUGAAA